AUGGCCGUCCGCUCCGCCUCCCCAAUCCACUACCUGCAAAUGAACGCCGCAGGCCAGAAGUUCUACCUCGGCGGUGAAACCUCCUCCUACUGCCCAAGCAUGGUCUCCUCUUGCCCACCAGGCAACCAGACCGUUUUCGCGCCCGGCGGCAGCGCCCUGGACACCGAAGUUCCCGGCGGCCAGCAGGUCUACGUGGACCCUAACGGCGCACUGAGCUUCACACAGGCGCACUCGAUGAAUAUCCCGCCGGGCUCCUCACAGGGACCCUUCGAGUACGCUGCUGACCAGCCGUGGGCGCAUUACUCGUUUGCCGGGUGGGGUGCGAGUGGGUUCAUGGCUUGUCCUACGGACGAUGCGAGAUGGCAGGUUUUCGCGGCAUUGCAGAAUGCUACUGUGCCUGGGGGUGAUGUUAGUGCUUGUUUGGGAUUCUCGGCUAUUGCGUUGACGUAUGAGGGGGAUGUGCCUGCUUGGCAAUAUGUUUGA